UAAGUUUUUGGGUUUUCCCGCCAAAAUUUGAGUCCCUAGGUUUAGGGUUUUUGAGCUGGGGCAUGGCGCGAUAGCUACGCCAUGGAGCAGUCGCAGGAGCUCUACCAAGCGCACAGGCGGACGUUCGUCGAUUUCCUUGACCACGAUGCCGGGCAUGGCGCUUAUGUGGAGAAAAUCCGGAGUAUGAUGUCCCAGGGAAGGCACAGGCUGCUCGUCGAUCUUAGCGACCUCCGGAACUUUGACAAUGAUCUUGCUCGAAGGGUCAUACGAGCUCCCAACGAGUACAUACAGCCUUUCACUGACGCUGCUAACGAGCUAACAAAGAAUGUGGAUCCCAAGUACUUGCUGGAAGGAGAGGAGAUUCAUGUUGGAUUCGAGGGCUACUUUGGCUUUCACAAAGUCACACCCCGCGAGCUUCUUUCGCCAUUUCUCGGGAGCAUGGUUCGGGUGGAAGGGAUCAUCACAAAGUGCUCGCUGGUGAGGCCCAAGGUGGUCAAGAGCGUUCACUACUGCCCGACUACUGGAGAUUUUACAACUCGAGAGUAUCGGGACAUCACUUCCUUUGUUGGUCUUCCCACAGGAUCUGUGUAUCCGACUAGAGAUGACCACGGGAAUCUUCUGGUGACUGAGUUUGGCCUGUGCAAGUAUAGGGACCAUCAAGUCUUGUCUAUUCAAGAAAUGCCCGAAAACUCAGCACCAGGACAGCUUCCCCGCUCUGUGGAUGUUAUAGUGGAGGAUGAUCUGGUCGAUGUGUGCAAGCCAGGUGACCGUGUUUCUAUCGUCGGCGUAUACAAAGCGAUUCCUGGCAAAUCCAAAGGGAGCAUCAACGGUGUUUUCAGAACCAUCGUUAUAGCAAAUAACAUUGCUCAGCUGAACAAAGAUGCUUAUGCUCCAAUUUUCACAAAUGAAGAUCUCAAAAAUAUUCGGACCAUUGGAAACAGGGAGGAUUCGUUUAAUUUACUUGCUGAGUCGCUUGCACCUUCAAUAUGUGGUCAUUCCCUGAUCAAGAAAGCCGUGCUUCUUUUGCUUAUCGGUGGACUGGAGAAAAAUCUAGCAAAUGGCACGCACAUACGUGGUGACAUCAAUGUCCUCCUGGUUGGGGACCCUUCCGUUGCAAAGUCCCAGUUGCUACGAGCGAUUAUGAGCAUUGCACCGCUUGCAAUAUCUACUACUGGCCGAGGAUCGUCUGGAGUAGGACUCACAGCUGCUGUAACAUCUGAUCAAGAGACUGGUGAAAGACGUCUUGAAGCAGGGGCAAUGGUGCUGGCAGACAGGGGCGUGGUCUGUAUAGACGAGUUUGACAAAAUGAGCGACAUAGAUCGUGUUGCCAUUCACGAAGUUAUGGAACAGCAAACAGUCACGAUAGCUAAGGCUGGCAUACAUGCGUCACUCAAUGCCCGUUGCAGUGUCGUGGCUGCAGCAAAUCCUAUCUAUGGAACUUAUGAUCGAUCACUUACUCCUACAAAAAAUAUCGGGCUUCCGGACUCUCUACUGUCACGAUUUGACCUGUUGUUUAUUGUUCUUGAUCAAAUGGAUGCAGAUACCGACCGCAAAAUUUCUGAGCAUGUGCUGCGAAUGCACCGUUUUCGAGCACCCGGCGAAGACGGAGGUCUUCCCGCCGUAGGUGGGACUGCAAGAAAUGUCGAGGACGAUGAACAUGAAUUAGGAACUACGAUAUUUGUGAAGUAUAAUCGUUUCUUGCACGGGGAGAAAAGAAAACGUCAAGCAAGAAAUGCGCGCGAAAAAUCUGCAAAGCGUGAAACAUUAACGAUCAGGUUUUUGAAGAAGUUCAUAAAUUAUGCCAAGAGUAGGAACGAACCAAAGCUAACUGAAGAGGCAUCAACCAAAAUCAUCAAGGCUUACGCAAAUAUGCGUAUCCGUAGUUCUGACAAUAAGACAGGAGGCACUUUGCCAAUCACAGCUCGCACCCUCGAGACUAUGAUACGUCUUUCAACCGCGCACGCAAAGCUCAAGUUGCGAGGCCAAGUGCUGAAGGAGGACGUGAAAGCAGCUCUAAGAGUAAUGAGAUUUGCUAUAUAUCACGAAGAGCUAAACGAGAUGGAAAAGCGAGAGAAGGAAAGACAACAGGAUGCGGAACAGGAAACCCCGGAUACAGAGAGGCGAAAACGGCGUAGAAGUCGCGGUGAGACACCCGAGGAGCCUCCAAUAACAAGUAAUACUCAACAGCAGGGAGACGCUCCCGACGCUCCUCAAAGCGUUCCAGUUCCAGAAGAUGCCGUGGAUGAAACGGUUCUCGAAGAUGGGGACCAUGAAGUUCAUGUUUCGUCCGAAAGGACCGACGAGUUUAAUCUAAAACUAGGACAACAUCUCCAAUCCAAUCGACUGGAGUACAUCUCAAAGGAUGGGAUUGCGGCAGCAGUGAAUGCCGACAACCCGGCACCAUUCUCACGCGAGGAGAUCGAUUCUUUGCUCAAGAAAAUGCAAGAUAACAACCGGGUAAUGGUUGUGGACGAUUUGGUUCAUGUCAUCUAAAACAAUGUAACCUAUCAAAACGAAAAAACUAAAACUAUAAGAUUCAAACUAAAACCUUUA